ACGCUCUAUCUCUCUCUCUCUCUCUCUCUCUUUCUCUCUCUCUCUCACUCACUCUCUCACUCUCUCACUUCAGUGGCGGCUGUGGCGGUGUAGAGAGAGAGUGAGAGAGUGAGAGAGAGAGAGAGAGACUGAGAGAUAGAGAACCGGUAAUGUAGAACAAUAACAACCACCACCACCUCCACCACCACCACCACCACCUCCACCACCACCACAGCCACCACCACCACCACCACCAUGUCAGAGUACUGCCUGAGGUGGAACAACCACCGCCCGAACUUGGUAACAGUGUUUUCGGAGCUGCUGACGUCCGAGGUCCUUGUUGACGUCACCCUGGCCACAGACGGUCACUACAUCCACGCACACAAGCUCGUCCUGUCAGCGUGCAGUGUGUAUUUCAAGGACUUGUUUGGGGCCAAUCCCUGCAAACACCCCAUUGUAAUUCUAAAAGAUAUCCGCAUCGACGACCUUAAGACAGUUAUUGACUUUAUCUACCGAGGAGAGGUGAAUGUGGCACAGGACAGGCUGCAGGAUGUUCUCAGGACAGCAGAAUCGCUCAGAAUCAAGGGUUUGGCAGAGAACCCGAGGAGUUAUGAUGAGAUGUCUAGUCACAGUGCUCGCUUCAUGGGCUCCCAGACCAGUCGGCAGCGGUCGUCCAUGACAGACUCUCGGGAACAGUCACUCAGCGUGGAGGGGGAAGAGGAAGGGGAGCCUAUAACACCUCCGUCAAACAAAAAGCGCAAGAUAACUUCUUCGCACGACAGCUCUGAGAGUGUACAGGAGGAGGGGGAGGGAGACGAGAGAGGUGGAGGAGGCAGAGAGGUGAAGGAUGAACCCCCAGAUGAUGCAGAGGAGGGGCGGCCGUCACGAGAAGGCAGCGAACAGGAUUCUGCAAGCAUUGGUGGCAGUCAGGAGGGAGUUGGGGGUGAUGACACCACCACUACCACCACCACAACUACCACAACUCCAGGAACCAGCAGUAACGACCCCUCAUUACCUGCGCAUGCUCAAGGUCGCGGCAAGCGCGGGGUGUUGCAGCGGCAGCAGGGAAUCAUUCGGGAGUCUGGGAGCGGCGGCAGCGCGGCCAGUGUUGCCAGUGUUACCAGUGUUGCCAGCGGGGUGGAGGAGGCGGGAGGCAAGGGCGGCGUGGGCGCGGGCGUGGAGGUGAAGGGCGAGGGCGGCGGGGGCUUGAGCGGCGCGGGUAGCGUGGCUGAGCUGAUCGUGCCGGACACAGUGGUGGUGAGCGGCGGCACGGUGACGCUGAGCACGGCGCCCGCCGCGCUACUGCAGGUGCCCGCCCUGGUGGUGGGCCCCCGCGACUCCCUGCCCAAGCAACACUCCCACCCCACACCCCUCCUCACACCCACGCCCGUGGUCACCAAACAGCAGUCCCAUCCCGAGGGGCGCGGCCCUCCAACCCACGCCGGCCAUUCCGCCAUCACCAAGCAGCGCUCCCAGCCCACCGUGGUGACGCACGCUCCCUCCCUGCCCCCCCUGGAGCGCCUGCCCGUGUCCCCCAACAGUGCGGGGGCCGCCGCGCCCUCCUCGCAACACCUGCAGGUCAUCCCUUACCCCGUGCUGCUCAAGCAGCGCUCCGCGGGGGCUGCCGCGCCCGUGCAGGCCUCCUCGCUGCGCCCCAUCCAGCCCAAGCCCUCCGCCAGCGCCGAGGCCGCCCUCGACCUGCCGCCCAAGAAGGACGUGCCGCUCAUCAGGCUCACGCCCUCAGAGGACAGCGGCGGCGGCGGCGGCGGCGGCGGGAGCGGCGGAGGGGGUUACGGCGGAGUGACGGGGCCCCCCAGGCUGCCCCGCGCGGCGAGCGAGGAGCCCGCCUUGACGCGCCACCCCGUGGAGCACAGCGCGGACCUGCUGGCGCCGGGGCCCUCCGUGUUGGUGCAGAGUGUGUCGCAGGACUCGGGGCUGGAGGCAGGGCCGCCCGUGUCCGCGCCGCCCCGCCUGGGCGCCACGCCCCUGGCGGCGCUCACCGUGACGGGUACGCCCAUGCGCAGCGCCUCGUCGCCCGGGCACUGCCCCGUGCUGCGCGGCGGCCCCGCCCUGGGCUGCAACUUCUGCUGGAACAGUACGGACCCGCAGGGGCGCGUGCUGCGGCGCAAGACGAAGUACCACUGCCCCGAGUGCCGCACCAACCUGUGCAUCGUGCCCUGCUUCCACGAGUACCACAAACAGAUCGAGCGUGUGCAGGAGUCUGACAAGCAGAUCAGCAAGAUACUCACCAAGACUGGCUCCAUCUAGGCCGCCGCCACCACCACCACCACCACCACCACCACGCUCUCCCGCCCCUCACCACCACCACCACCACCACCACCAAGCAAUACUUAACGCGUGUACACCACUCAUUGCGUGUGCACGUGUGCGUGUGUAUAUGUACAGCCUCUGUGUGUGUGUGUGUGUGCGUAUGCGUGUGUGCAGUGACACUGAAGGCACACAGACAGGCCGUAUGCACCGCAGGACGUGUGUGUGUUUGUGUGUGUGUGUACGCCUGACUCCUGACCCGUGUGCGUACUACACAUAUGUGCGUGUGACCAAACAGUCAUGUGUACGUCACGCGGCAACAAACGAAAACAGUCAUGGACGUGAACUGUGUGCACACCAGGCUGCCUCGCGUGUGUGUGUGUGUGUGUGUGUGUACAACGUUAUGUGCGUUCUUGUGUUUGUUUGUUUGUUUGUUUGUUUGUUUGUUUUGUAACCUGUUUUCAUUUGUGUGUGUGUGUGUGUGUGUGUCUGUGUGUGUGUGUGUGUGUGUGUGUGUGUGUGUGGCCUUUUGUAAUAACCCACUUUGAAUUAUUAUUAUUAUUAUCAUUAUUAUUAUUACUACUACUACUACUACUACUGCUACUACUAUUUCUACUGUUAUUUCUACUGUUAUUUCUACUACUACUACUACUACUACUAUUUCUACUGCUAUUUAUACUACUACUACUACUACUACUAUUACUACUACUAUUUUUUUAUUGAUUAUAUUUUUGCUACCACCACCACCACUACCACCACUACCAACGAAGAGAGAGAGAGAGAGAGAGAGAGAGAGAGAGAGAGAGAGAGAAUUCAUAGAUUUAGUUAUUUUGAUUUGGUGUUGGAUUAGAGAGAGAGAGAGAGAGAGAGAGAGAGAGAGAGAGAGAGAGAGAGAGAGAGAGAGAGAGAGAGAGAGAGAGAGAGAGAGAGAGAGAGCACCAUUUUGUGAACUAGCUUAAAAAUAGUGUUUUAAAAUUACAUUAAUUACUUUUUAUUAUUAUUAUUAUUAUUAUUAUUAUUAUUAUUAUUAUUAUUAUUAUUAUUAUUAUUAUUAUUCGUGUCUUUUAUAAUUAACCUCAAUGGAAACUUAUUAAUAAAAAACAAAUGAUUGAAAAAAAAAGAAUAAUGAUUUUGUUUAUUAACUUGAUUGUAAAUAUAAUAAAGAAAAUUAAUAAUAAAUA